AUGAAUAACUUGAAAGCAGCAACAACAAUCCUGAAAUAUGGUGCGGAAGAAGAUGCUGAAAAGAUAUUCGAUCUGAUCAAAGAAAAGAAUGCAAAGGAAGUGCUGCAAAUUCUAAAGAGUAUGCGUGUUCCGCUUAAUUGCACCGAUAAGACUGGUAUGUCACUUCUGGAUCAAGCGAGUUGGUCAGGUCUUGACGACGUGGUUCGGUUCUUGUUAGCAAAUGGUGUUGAUCCAAAUAAGAGUACUCAUGACUGUGGUUAUAAAUCUCUUAUGUUCGCGGCGAUUGCUGGACAUCAAAGUAUAUGUCAGUUGUUAUUAGACUAUGGUGCACAUGUUUAUUCUACAAAUGAAAUUGGCAAAACAGCCGCGGAAAUGGCAGCCUUUGUUGGGCAGCACGAAUGUGUUAGUAUUAUCAACAACUAUAUAGCUUUGGAUGAAAUCGAAAAGUUAUUACAUCCUAAUGGGGAUAACAGCGAUGAAAUUUAUUCGAAAGAUUUUUCCCAUGCAUUACAUGACUUGAUCAAAACUCAUAUAAUACAUCCUGUUUGGGUCAUGCUUUUCCUGCGUGAUCAUUAUCAAGUAAUAUGGCAACAUCGUCAGAAAUUUUGUUAUGUUUUGGAUAGGAUUUUUGAGAGGCAGUUACGGUGUAAAGAAUCUAAUGAGGUCAUGUCAUUGAAGCUGUGGUUAAUUUUAUAUACCGUACGAGAUACAUGCAAAUUUGUGGAAACAGUUUUGGAAAAGGAAGAGCACAAAGCGUCAACAAUAAUCAGAAAUUAUGUGAAGCAAUUGUUGAAAAUGGAACAAACUUGUCGGAUACGACCAAAUUUGGAACGCUACUUAAGGAAUGCUGUUCAGGCAUUUCCAUAUCACCAGUGCUUACUUUUUCAGGCACUCGUCAAAAAUCUUGCAGCUGUUGAAUUUGGUAAUUUGCCAGAUGCAUUCUACUUGAUAAUGUCAAUCUUUUCUGGACAAAGAAUGGUAGAAACGUCUCAUUUUUGUGCAAGUUGUGGUGCUAUUAUUUCCACCAAACGGUGCUGUAAGGUUGACAAGGAAAAACAAGGUGAGGAACGGAGAUGUUCUUUGAGGGAUAGUGCAGCGUCGAAAACAAUUGUACAAAAUGAUGGGAGCAUAUCGAUUGAUGCCAUACGAGAUGGACAAUCAGAAAAUAAGGAUGUUGAAAGAGUUGCCUCUGCACUUGCGGAUAUUAAGGACCGAUUUAUAUUCUCGAAUUAUCAAUUAGACGCACUAAUCGUAAAAAUAAUUUCAACCAUAAGUCGAGCAUUCCCAAGGAUUUUAUCUUCACGCCUCCAGAGUUUACAUAUCUGGAUUCAAAAUUGUUUACGAAGAAAGCACAAAGCUAAGAUGUUUUUGGAAACGGUCGACCCGAUCACUGGACAACGGACGUGGAAAGUUGCGGAAGAGGAUUAUGAUGUGGCCCAAGAGAUUGCUCGUAGUGGAUUUGGAGAUAUGAUUCAUGAUUUUGAAAGAAACCAGAGAUAUGAACUUGGACUAAAAUCAGUAAUUAGCCAGCUUAAAAAAAAGAACGAGAGAGUGCAUGUCCUAGACAUUGGUGCUGGUACGGGUUUAUUGUCAAUGAUGGCCAUGAGAGCCGGCGCUGAUAGUGUGACAGCUCUAGAAAUGCUGGAACCAAUGGCAAAAUGCGCGGAGGAGAUUAUCCGAAAAAAUGGUUAUGAAAAACAAAUACGCUUAAUUGCAUCACGAUCAACCGAGUUGACGGAUGAAGAAAUUAGUACCAUUGAAAAAGGCGAUGUAAUUGUUGCUGAAGUAUUUGACACUGAAUUAAUUGGUGAGGGUGCGUUACGAACUUUCAAGGAAGCGCAUCAAAAAUUGGUUAAGCCUGGUUGUAGAGUAGUCCCAUCAUCAGCACGAGUCUUGCUAGUUCCUGUACAAAGUGAUUUUCUUAUGCGUUUUCAUCAGCUUCCCUCUCGGCACUUCAAAGUUCCAGAAAUCAGCAAACGCUGUCCCGGUGCAGGAGCUAUACACGAUAUCCACGUUUCGGAAGUGCCAGAGGAGGAAAUUUGCGUGCUUGCUGAACCGUUUGUAGCUUUUAGUUUUAAUUUCGAAGAUGGUUAUUCUAUUAAUUAUAAUGAAACAGUUGUCAGAACAUUUGAUGCUCAAUCAGACGGUACAUUUGAAGCAAUUUUGAUGUGGUGGGAACUUGAUAUGGAUGGCACUGGACAGAAUAUAUUAAGCACAGCACCAAAAUGGUGGAACAGUGGAGCAAAAUGGCGAGAUCAUUGGGUGCAAGGUGUUUAUUAUCUUGCUCAGAGUAUUCAGGUUCGAAAAAACGAAACAGUUGCGCUUCACUGUUGUCAUGACGAAUUCUCUUUCUGGUUUGCUGUACCUCAGAAUGAAUUUGAUGCCUCUGAGCCUAAUUUUUGUCGAUGUAAAACACAUGUUGCUUGCUCACGAAAUGCAAUUCAUCGCUUAAAUGAAAUUGAUGAGGAUGUUGCCUUUGAUCAUUUCUUGGAAAAGAAUUUUACAGGAAAAUCAGUAGCUAUCAUUGAUGAUGGUUCGCUUAUGAGUUUAUUGCUUGCAAAAUAUGCAAAAACAGUCCAAAUUGUUGAACCAAAUGACCAUUUUAUGGAAGUCAUUUCGGCUUACAUCGAAGAAAAUCGCAUACAGAAUAUUCGUAUUUAUGAUGAUUAUACUGCUGUUCCUUGUGAUGAAGUUGAUGUUGUUGUAUCAGAACCGUUCUAUUUGUUCUCUUUUCUUCCAUGGGAUAAUCUAUGCUUUUGGUUUACGGUACAUAAACUACUACCAUCCUUCGAAUCCAGAUAUCUUCCACUGUCGCCAGGGGGAGGCAUAAUGUAUGCAAUGCCAGUCAAAUUCGAUGAAUUAUGGAAAAUAGCAGCUCCAUUCGGUAUCGUGGAAGGUUUCGAUUUGUCACCCUUUGAUAAUGUAAUUAUCAAGGCUCGAAGUGCUGUCGAUGCAAUGGUUGAACCUCAUCCUCUUUGGGAAUAUCCAUCCAUCAUAACUGGAGAGCCAGUUAUACUUGCUCGAUUCGAUUUCAAUGAACCUCCCACUCAUGCAUCCUUUAAGACUAAAAUUGCUCCUUCCAUGAUUGGCACAAAUGCUAUCAUUUUCUGGAUGGAUUGGCUGCACGAUGAUUUUCGAUUAACUAGUGGACUUUUGAACGAACCUGAAAUAGGCAAGCGACCAAACUGGUCUAUUUCGCAUCGACAAGGUGUUCAUUUUCUUCCAGAAUCAGCAAGAUGCCUAGAGUCUCCUUCUUCUAUCAAUAUUAAAGCCGACUUUUGUCCCAAUGCACAAUUUUUGUUCCAUUUCCAAUAUGAAACUUCGUGAAAUAUUGUUUAUAAUUUUUAAUACUGUGCGGUAAGAGAUCUUCACUUUGAAUUACGUCGGCAUUUUCAGUAAAUUUAUGCUUGAUUUGCUUAAUGAUUUAGUUUUAGUUUAUUGUGAUUUAGCUGGUAAUUAGGUAUUUUCUGAAAAUGUUAGGUUCAAGACCUAGCCGUAGCGUGACAGUGACUUUUUUAUUUGCAUAUUAUCAAGAAUGCCUAUCAGGGUUUAAAGUAUGAUAUUCAGG